AUGGAAACAAAUAAUAAUAACCAAGGUAUAAGUAAAAAUACCCAAGAAAAAGAUGAACAUUUUUCAAAAAUGGGGAACCUUCAAGAAAAUAAAUCCACCAGUAAAAAAGAAAAGAAUGAAAAUGUAAAUAAUAAUCAUAUUAAAGAAAAAUCAGAAAAAACAAAGAACACUAGAUUAUUGGCCAAUAGAAUAGUUCAAAUUAGGAUUAUCAAAAAAAGGGUUUUUUGGCAACCAGAAAUAUACUACAGUGUCGGUGUAAGAAUUAGUGGUAGUUUAGUACUAGCAAGCAAUGAUCACUUUAUUAAUUUUCAAGAAAAGAGCACCACAAUAGAAAUUGGUGUUUCGAAUGAAUGGCACAAAGGAACACUUAUAGACACUACCGAUCCAUUAGAACCUACUGAUUGUGCUUUAUUAUCCAUCAAUGACCUAGACGAACAACAAAGCCAAUGUGAAACCCUCCCAGUCUAUAAAAAAAAAAAUUGUUUAAAUUGGGAGAUCAUUUAUUUUGAUUUUCCAAACUCUAGAUUGCCACUAAACGCAUGUGUUAAAGACAAGAAUUUUAAAGAACUUAAACCUCUAUGUCCCUCGGUAUUCUCUGGAAGAGUCUCUUAUUUCGAUGAAAAUACUCUGGAGGUAGCUUUAAAUGGAACAACAAUUAACGAAUUUGAAAAUAAAAGUAGAGUUAUUUUCAGUGGUAAUAAUGGAGAACUAUAUGGUAUUCUCAGAAAGAAACCAAACAACUAUUACUAUAACACAAAUGUUUUAUAUUGCACCAAAGGUUCAGCAAUUAAAGCUUGGGUUGAUACAACCUUAAAGAAAAAUGAAUAUCCACCACUAUGGGAUAAACCAGUUAAUUUCAAUUAA